CACAUAAAUGAAAAUGAAACUAAAAUGAAACACAGUCAACGCAGGUUUGUGCCCUAUAAAGAAAUAGCAUACUUAUUAAACAUUCUUUUAGUUUACAAUUAGAGGUGAGGUCAAUGAACAUCCAACAUCCACUGAUCUUUGAAGCAAAUCAGCCAACAGACGGAGAGAAAGGGAGAAUCACGAGACACUUUCAGACACUCUGACUGUCGAAUUGGAGGCAACAUGUAUAAAGACGUUUUCACAGAAGAAAACAGAAAGGCCUUGCUGAGGAAACUUCACCCACUCUCUGUUUCUUGGGAUCGUGAUCUGACUAUGAGUCGGACCAGUUCGCUUUGCAAUCUUAAACCCAUAUAUCAACCAUACACCAGUCAAUCACAGAAGGAAUGCCCUGUUGGGGAGGAGCAGUUCAAACUGGUGGAAGAAGAGUAUAUUCAAGUAAUGUCUACUCAUUGCACAGCAGUUAAAAUAUUCAGAGGCAAAGGAAAUACAAUUAUCCUGAAGGGCCCCGACAAUGAGGUGCAGUCAGGAGCUGCGAGACUCUAUGAACUCACUAAAAAAGUGUUAGAAAAGAGAGUUAAACUUCCCAUUGAUUUAAUAACCUUCAUUAAAACCAGUGAUGCUAUCUCCAAGUACCAGAUUCAAUUCCAGAGCUUCAAAAAUCCAGUUUUUCUUGAGGUGGGAUCGGACCUGGUUCUAUUCAGUUUGUCCUCUCAUGCCUUGGAUGAUGCUUUCCAAACACUGCUGAAAGAUUUGAGCAUGGAGAUUGUGAAGCUGCAGGCGGCUGCAGCUGUAUCUCCAGAUCUAGACAGAGUGAAAGAAGUCCUGAUCAAAGCCAAAAACCAGAUAAACUGUGGGAAGCUCAGAGUGGACGUCAGCUUCAUCCCAGAACACGGAAGACCUACAGUGACCAAAGUACGACUGGUGGGCUACAGUGAAGAUGUGAAAAAGCUCAGAGAAAUUCUUCAUGACUACCAGAUUAAUCAGGCUGUGAUAGAGGAAGUGCUGGACCUGCCAAAUCCUGACCUGGUUGACUGUUUUAAUGACAUCUUAGAGUGGAUUGACGUGAAGCAGACGAAAGUAACGUUCAAAUUCUUCCAUUCUCUGAAUCCUGGUGUGCUCUUGUGUGGUCCCCGUUGUCAUGUUCAGGAGACCAAACAGGCCCUAACGUCUGCUCUAGCCAGUCUGAUAUCCGAUGCUUUGGCUCUAGACGGACCAGGGGCUUUGCGGUACUUCCGAGCAGAUGGCAAAGUGAGCAAGGAGCUGGUAGAAAGCUCCUUUAAGGUCCUUAUCAGAGAACGGAAAGGGGGAUACCAAAAAAACAAACCACCAAGCAUCCGCACUAUCACACCCAGAUUUUCUAUUAGCCCACGAUGGUGCAAAACUCCUUCAAGCAUGGCAGUCAACAAACCAAGCCUGGAGAUUAAGCUAGGCAGUUUAGUGGACGAACAGGUGAAUGUGUUGGUGGUCCCCAUGCUCGGUAUGCAGCUAAGUUCCACUAAAAUUGGAAAAUGUCUACUGAGUAAAGCAGGAAAUGCAAUCAGGAGAAGCUUUGACCUGAUGGCAGCAAAGGGAACCAUUGUACCUGGAGAUGUUCUGGAGGUUGACGGGCCUCCGUCUCUCGGCUGCUCCAAGAUCUUCUUUGUUGAAUGUCUGCGAUGGGAUGGAGUCAACGGGCAGAGCGAGCAGGCUCUUAGUAAUGGGCUGAAGAGGUGUUUGGAUCUCUGUGUACAACAUGGCUGUAGCUCUGUGGCCCUGCCAGUCAUCGGACCUGGUGUGGCCUUACAAUACCCCUGGAGAAAAGCUUUUCAAAUCCUGUCUGAGAAAAUUUUCCAGUUUGCAUCUUCCUCUUCCUCGGGGUCUCUCUCCAACAUCAACAUUGUCAUUAAACCCGAUCAUUACUCAGAGGAGUGCUACCAUGACGUCUACCAACACCUCAAGUUGAAAAUUAAACAGGGAGGCCAAGAAAUCUUCAGAUCUCUCACUAGUGAUCUCGAUGACAUCAUCGCGACCAUGGGGGGUGGAGUUAAACUACAGGUGGUGUUUGGUGACAUCAUCAAUGAGACUACUGAUGCUGUGGUGAACACGACCGACUUCAUUAACUUUCACACUGAUGGCACCUGCAGAAACAUCUUGUCAGUGGCUGGACCAAAUGUGGAGGCUCUGCUGAAAACAGCGAAAGUGAACCAGGGAGAUGUUUUCAGAACCCCACCUGGAUCAUUCCCAUGUAAAGCUAUUUUACAUGUAAGUGAAGCAAAAGAUGCAGGCGCCAUUGAACAACUGGUGUGUCGCAUCAUUCAACACUGUGAAUCCUCUGGAUACAGGUCUGUGGCCAUCCCUGCCAUCUCAGCUGGAGCUGAUGGGCUGGAUCCUGGUGUUGCUGCACAUGCCAUCCUCCGAGGAAUCAAGACUGCGACUUCAUCCUUAUCUCUCCUUUGUCUGACUAGCAUCCGCCUUGUACUGAUAAAGAUCAAAGUUUUCUCGACAUUUAAAAAGCAAAUGAUGCAGAUGUUUCCACCUGCUGUCAUCAACACAGUGUCAGGUUCUCAGUUGUUGCGUCUGCCACAACAACAGUCUCCAGUAUCUGUAAACCCAGACCUAAGCAUCCUCCAUAGCAGUUCUAGUCAGCAGUCCAUCUUCCUGUUUGUGGGUCGCUGCAGAAAGGAUGUUAAUGAUGCCAUGGUGGAGCUGAAGAAUCUGUAUCAGGCUCACUGCUCCACUAAAAUCUUCACAAAGGACAACCUUGAAGACCUCACCCAGGACGACCUGAAAGAUCUGAAGCAGCUGGUGGAGACGGAGGGUCUGUAUGUGAAGGAGGACCAGCCCGGUCGGGGCGGUUUGAUGGUGAGCGGGUUAAAAGACGGCAUCAACCAGGUGAUGCAGAUGCUUCACACCACCACUCCGCUUAGGAGAGAAAUGAGAGUCAGAGAGGAGGAUGAUUUGUACUCCCGUGUGACUUGGUGCAUCCUGGGACUUCAUGGCAGCUGGGAAAGACUCCCCAAAACAGCCAAUCUCAACCUGGAACGUAAUAAUGUCACAAAAGGUAUAGUGGACACACAGGGAAUCCUGUGGAGUGUAGAUCUACGGAAGAUGGAGGCCAAAAGACAAGUAACUGGAGGGACAACCAAUCUGAAACGGCAUGAGCAUCUACCAGAUUUCACUUUCCCCCUUUACUGGGACACUAUGGCUGUUGGUGAAAGUCUUAAAGUGGUUGCACUGCAGCCUUCCUCUGUAGAGUACCGCACAGUGGAGCAGAAAUUCACACAAACUGUCCACAAGACUGUAAUAAAGAUUGAACGUUUGCAGAAUGUUUACCUGCGUCGUGCCUAUGACGCGCGGAAAAACCACAUUUCUGAAAAGAACGGACAGGAUGUUGGAGCAGGUGAAAAGCUUCUGUACCACGGAACGAGUCAGGACACCUGUGAAUCCAUCAAAAAAAAUGGGUUCGACAGGGGUUUUUCUGGGAAAAAUGCAACUUCAUUUGGUCAGGGAACCUACUUUGCUGUAAAAGCCAGCUACUCAGCCCGCAGCACCUACUCACAAAUAGCAGAUGAUGGAUCUCAGGCCGUGUUCGUGGCCCGAGUCCUGACUGGCUUCUACACUCAGGGCAACAGCAGCAUGAGGGUGCCUCCACGUCGUGACAGCUACCAGUCCCAUGACUAUUACGACAGCGUGGUGGACAGAAUAGAUAACCCCUCCAUGUAUGUUGUGUUCCACGAUAACCAAGCCUACCCAGACUACCUCAUCACCUUCUGUUAGCCCUAAAUCCCUGUUCAGGAUUCAUGUGCACAAUUUAAACAACAGAAGGAAGUGCUAGUCAAGUGAUAAAGGUACUUCCAAUCAGGUAAUAUUGUAGUUUUAUGUGUUUGUCGCUUGAAUUGAGUUGCGUUUACUCUGUCCUCUGCUUUUUAUUGCCAUUUUCAACAGUCCAUAGUCUCAAGAGAUACAGCACACACCUGGAAAAAAGACAAUUUCUGAUAUUUGUUCUUCACUUUCCAGCAUAUAUAUUAUUUUUGACUAUAAAAAUAAUGACAUGAUAUGAUUUCUGUUUGACUUUAAAGAUAGACCUUUAAGUUUUACAUAAAUGUGGUGUAAGGUCUGUUAACAGCUGAAGCUGAGGUAGUUUGGAAAGUCAUGAGAAAAUCAGUGACGAAACAGAAAUACAGAGAAAGAGAUAUAUGUAGAAAGAGCAAGUGAGAAAUUUACAAGUUCAGUGUUGGAGUUUAUGAUCAAGAGUUACUGUGUGAAGUUUUUGACAGUGUUGUUCAUAAAAUCAAGAUGGUGGGAUGAUAACCAGUUAUCAACUCAUUACUCUUGAACUUUGUCUACAGCUGCAGUAGAAACUUGUUUUUCUCACCAGUGAACCAGGAAAUUGGCUCCAGCAGGAUGAUAAUGUUAUUUGUGUCAGCUUGUGCACACACUUUUAUAAACUGCUCACAAUAACAAGCCAAUCAUAUUCAUGGCUAUGUGUAUCUGUGCUUCCAACUGACGUUAGUUAGUUGUUUGUCUACACAGAUGGACACAGAUGGAGAUUUACAUCCACCAGAGGACGUUUUCUUCCUUUUAAUGAUAAAAACAAAGCACUGAUGAUGUAAAAAUGCUGCCAUUUUGACUGCAGAAGGGGAUAACUGCAUGUGAUUUCUGUUCUGUUGAAAAUGUUCUGUAAGAAAAAUGGAUGCAUCACUCACAUUUCCCUCAAAUUCUCAAAGUAAAAAGAUCUGAAAAUGG